AUGGUUAGAACGAGAGUGAAUCUUUCUUUGAUUGAAAGUAUCACUGAGAGGAAAGCCUCAUACAAGAAAAGACAAAAAGGAUACUUGAAAAAGGCUCAAGAACGAAACACGCUUUGUGAUGUUGAAAUUGUUACCGUCGUCUAUAGUCCUUACCACGAUGAACCAAAGGUGUUUCCAGAUCAUGAUGCUGUCAUUAAUACCUUUACAAAGUUUAGGAAGCUGUCGGAAUUGGAGCAAUCAAAAAAUAGGGUGACACUAGAAGACUUCAUCGAAAAAAGGAUUAAAAAGUUGGAAGGAUCAACUGUUGAAGGUGAUGAAGCAGAACAGGGAGAAGGAGUUCACAAAAAAGAUGUAUGA